AUGCUCAGAGUUCGUCCGUGGAAGUGUGCAGUUCUCCGCAUUGCUGCUCGUCGUUGUAAAGCCUAUGACACUAAUGUCAAGUCGCUGGAGGACUUGGCUAAGCUUAAAUCUUUAGAUGAUGUGGACCCAGAAUUGGUGAGAAGACUUAUAAACGAAAGAACCGAUCAACUGAAUACACAGGGCGAGCUCGACAUGCUCAAACAAAUUCAGUCUGAGGAAAAGCAACAGCGACAGGUUACUUUAAAAAAAUUUGUGAGGCCUAUGUGGAUUUUCCUGUUGAUGAGUUCGUUUUUCUACUUGGCUGGCCAUUAUGUAUGGUGGAGACUGGAAUACGACGAACGUGAGAUUGAACUCCACAAACAGGUGCAAGCUCUUCAGCAAGAACUAGACGAAGUCAUUGCAAACAAGGACUCCAUGUUGGCAUCUACAUCGAAUGAUUCGGCUGGGGGUUCGAAAAAGCUCAAGAAAUGGUACUUUGCUUGGUUUUGGUAG